AUGCAAAUUGAGCGUGCACCCAGCGUUCCGCCCUUUCUUCGUUGGGCCAGUUACCGACCCGGCCCAAUUCCAGCAGGAGUCGGAGAUUUGGAACUACACCUCUCAGCAGGCUGCGCGGCGAAGAAGCGCGGACCGAGGGGAAGAUUUGCCCUGAAGCCUCCUGGGAUUGGCUCUGAAGAGCUGGGGCUCCGGGAAGACACGCUGAGGGUCCUAGCUGCCUUCCUUAGGCGUGGUGAGGCUGCCGGGUCUCCUGUUCCAACUCCACUCAGAAGCCCUGCCCAAGAAGAGCCAACAGACUUCCUGAGCCGCCUUCGAAGAUGUCUUCCCUGCUCCCUGGGGCGAGAAGCAGCACCCCCUGAGUCCCCUCGGCCUUGCUCUCUGCCCAUCCGCCCCUGCUAUGGUUCAGAGCCUGGCCCAGCUACUCCAGACUUCUAUGCCUUGGUGGCUCAGCGGCUGGAACAGCUGGUCCAAGAGCAACUGAAAUCUCCACCUAGCCCAGAAUUACAGGGUCCCCCACCCACAGAGAAGGAAGCCAUACUGCGGAGGCUGGUGGCCCUACUGGAGGAGGAGGCAGAAGUCAUUAACCAGAAGCUGGCCUCGGACCCUGUCCUGCGCAGCAAGCUGGUGCGCCUGUCCUCUGGCUCUUUCGCCCGCCUGGUGGAGCUGUUCUGUAGCCGGGAAGACAACUCCCGCCCAAGCCGAGCAUGCCCCGGGCCCCCGCCUCCUUCCCCGGAGCCCCUGGCCCGCCUGGCCCUGGCCAUGGAGCUGAGCCGGCGCGUGGCCGGGCUGGGGGGCACCCUGGCCGGACUCAGCGUGGAGCACGUGCACAGCUUCACGCCCUGGAUCCAGGCCCACGGGGGCUGGGAGGGCAUCCUGGCCGCUUCACCCGUGGACUUGAACUUGCCAUUGGACUGAGCUCUUUCUCAGAAGCUGCUACAAGAUGACGCCUCAUGUCCCUGCCCGCUUCGUGUGCUUUUCCCAGCCUUCCUUUUCCACUCAGGGCUGUGGGGUGGUGGUCACCCUACCUGUUUUUGCCAAAAAUAAAUUGUUUUAAACUUUUUGUAUUAAAAAUGUUACAAAGUA